GAAUUUUCCGUUUUGGUGCCACCAGAUGAAAUGACGUUUACCUUGAAAAAGUUUAUUUUUUGCUUCGAAGAAAAGCCGUGCAUUUUUGUGAGAAAACUUAAGUAAAAUAGCAAUUAGAGAGAAUCUCUGAGACAAAAUGCCCUUUUAUGGGAUCUUCGUGUCGUCUUCUUCGGAUGAAAAUGGAAAAGAAUCCAAGAAGCAUGUGUACACAGAUAUAUUGGAUGCCCUUAAGACGCUCAAAACACAUCCCGAUGGGAGGAUGAAAAUGUUUGCAACUAUUGAGGAUGCUGAGCAUUGGAGUGAACAUGGAUUUGAUGCCAAAGCACCACCUCCGGAAACGAUGGUAAAGAGUCCGGAGUUGCCGUCGCCGGUAGCUUCACCAUCUACGCCAAAAAAGACAUUUAAGGAGCCAAAGCUUGAAGAGAUGGUUGAGUUCAGGAAGAGUAUUGAACGUGGCGAUAUAAGUACAGUGCGAAGGAAGAUAAUGGAGAAUCCACACUAUCUUGUGGGUUCCGGAGACACGCCGUCCAUUCUCAAACAGGGAUAUCGCUACAAUCCCCUCCAUGUUGCUGCACUUGCAAAGAAUGCCACUGCGUGUGAGCUUAUAUUGUCCACAAUAUCCAAGGCCAGCUACAUUGAGAUGCUCCAUGGGAACAAUGAUGAAAAGAUUUGUCAAGAAGUAAGCAAUAUUCUCGUGGAUUUGUAUCUUAAUACUCCCGAAACGGGUCGCAAUGAGACACCAUGUCAUUUAGCUGCAAAAUAUGGGGCCUUGGACGUUGUGAAGGUACUUACGUCCUAUCCACAAUGCAAGAUGCUACCCAAUAGUGAGGGGCACUACCCGCAGGAUAUCAUUUGUUUUCGCAUGUCAGAACCUACUGAGGAGCUCGUUCGGGAGAUCAAGGAACUCCUGCAGGAAAGAUUCUACGUGCCUGUCAUUCGAUCUGUGGACAAUUCCCUACCACCUGUCAUUGGGGAGCCAUUCACACCAAAGAAAAUGCCCAAUCUCAAUCCGGACCCCCUAAGUCCUGAACUUACAAUUCACGCAUACGCUGGCCCAAUGAAUAUUGAUCAGGCACAGCAGUUCCGAAAACGUUGGAAGACACCACCUCGAAUCAAUAUGCACCGGUUAACCCCAUCUCCAAGUUCACCCGGACGCCUUCGACACGUGGCCACACCAAUUCCCAGCAAUGCUGACAACAAUAACCAAGAACCAAAUGAUGAAAACUCCAAUUUGAGCAGAAGCACAAAAUUCAUCCCAGCUUUUGGGCUCAGUCGUACCCUCAAUGCAAAUAGCUCCGCUACAAAGAGACUUUUUGGCACAUAUCGUGAUCAGGAUGAUGAUGAGGAUUCCCUGAAUCUUUCCGGUGCUGCCGGACUUGAUGAAACACCGGAAAUUCACGUGCGGGAAAGGCAUCAGAAGUUAGCAGACACGGAAAAGGGCUUAGAAGUUGUGGGGCGUAAUUUAGCGCACGAACAGAAGGUGGGAUGGUGCGAAUAUUGGAAUUUUCUCGAUGACUACGUUGAUCUCAGCUCUCCAAAGGGUAUUGAUGCCCUCGAGAAUCACCUCAAGGCUUCUAGUGCCACUCCCGUGGCGGAUUUGUGUUCAGCAUUGAAUAAAAUCACAAUAAAUCACAGAGAUUUGCCAGCACGGAGAAACGAUGUAACACCCCGAAGUCCCCACAAAGGUGAUGAAUCUCAGCCUUUCUUCGUGUAUCACAUCCUAGAGAAGUCAUGGCAGGUGUUUGCUCUGCGUGUGACUAAGGCCAUCAUUCGUAGCAAGGAGAAUGUCACGGUGAUUCAUGAUGUUCUCAGUGCUGAGAUGAAUAGGUUGGAGUCUCUUGUCCACAGCUACAUGGAUGAUCCACGCUUCAGUGGCAUCAACUACGAUGUCGUUCACUCACGUUUUGCUAGUCUCAUCGUUCACAAUGUCUUGGCGGAAUUUGCAGAAAGCGAAGGCAAGGUGAACACACUUAGGGGAUGCUUGGAGCAAAUUCUGCGGCAACGAGUGCGUUUCCCGUGCGAGGAAAACACCUCACCGGAUGUGGAAAAUAGGAAUUUACUCACGACAAGUCAAUUAAAAUGUCUCAUUACAUUCAUCCUACAUUGGUUGGAUCACCGUGAUGAACUCAUAUCACCGGAUAGGCUCACGUCGAAGGAUUGCGAAGAGGUCUGGAGUACGAAUUUCCAAUGCGAUUGUAUGUCCUUUGCUUCAAAUAGCCACAGCCGUCAUGGGAAGGUGCGGAAUAGGAGAUUUGAUUCUGGAAAUUUUGCAAAGAAACUCCUUGAAUCCAGUUUCUCGCCCAAUGAAUCCUUCCCAAAACCAUUGGAUAGUACUGUGCGUAAUUUAUCUAUUAAAGGAUUAACUGAUGACUCCAAAGAGCUCGAGGAUAUUAAUGAAAAUGUGCAAGAAGUUGAAAAUAAUGACGAUAUGCGUGGAGAUCAAUUCUGGUCCGGUCAUGCUUCCUCGGAGGAUGAUGUGAGUGAUGAUGAAUUCUACACACCGCCCCAGAGUCCAAUACCACUCACGGAUGAUGAAGCCAACUACUCCAACUACAUUCUGGGUGAUGAACCAACAAAGACCGAUGUUGAUGCCUACAAUGCCAUUGCACAUGUGUCAGUGACGAAAGAAACUCACCCACAUGUCUUCAAGUGGAGGAAUGCAAUUGAAAAGCAUCCCGCGGAGGAGCGAAAAACUUUCCCAUCACCCGCGUUGGUUGUGAAGAAGAGCGUAAAACUCUAUGAGACAACACCUGUUGGUCGAAAGCUGCUUUUCUCACCUAAAAAGUCACAUUGAUAAGACUGCGCCCUAUCCGAUCCCUCUUAAAUGGAGUUAUCCUAAUAUUCGACAUUUCCAGCUUUUUUAUUCGAUUUUUUAUUUGAAAUUUUGAUUUAAAUUUUUGUCCUAAUUACAAUGAGGUUUUUUCUACCUUCUAUUUUCCAUCAUAGGCGUGCAAUUUGAAUUGAAAAAAAAAUAUCUUUUGCAUUGAACUCUUUAUACGAAAAUCAAAUAGAAUUCUUUCAUCAUAAAUUACAUAUUCCGGAUAAUGAUUCUCUAUACAAAUUAAUUACAGCAAACGACCUCUUUAUUCAUUAAUCGUUGCAUUAUGUAACUCAUAACAAACAUAUCCAUCUCCUCGUCAAUUAAGGAAAGUUACAGGAUAAAUAAAUAAAAAGCGGUAAGAACGAACAGUGUUAGAAUAAUUCAAGCAGAAAAAUCUCAAAAUAUACAAAAAACAUAAAAUCAUAGCUUAAAGCACAAAAAACAUCACCCAUUGCAUACCUAACAUUUAUUAAAAUUCAAUUAAACAAACAAAAAAAACGUUUUAAAGUCUUCUUUUUGCGCUCAAGCAUUUAAUUUUGUGAAUGACUGAAAAUACUAAAUAUAGAUUAGAAAGAAGAUCGUGAAUUAGCGAGAUAUUGGAUUUUUUUACGAGUGUUUUUGUACAUAAAGUUUAAAUAAUAAAAGGAAUAAUUUGAAAUAUUUAACAUAAA